AUGGGGGCUGUCGAAUCGCGUAUCUCACCUUAUGUUAGACAAAGACUCAAGGCAGAAAUCUCCUUGCAGAUUCAUUUUGAUAACCCACAGUUACGGAUGAUGCCAAAAAAGAUGAGUGAUGCCGUUGGACGCCGAGUUUACCGUCAAGCGUUGAAAAAUUUGCCAUCCAGAUAUUUGAACUUAUCUUUAAGGGAGUUACCAGCGUCCGAUCUUCUGUACUUGAGAAAGUACAUUCGAGAGGUAUUCGAGAUUGCCGCCCCAGAAAGUAUUUGUGAGAACAAUUUGAAUCAUCUAACCGAAGUACGCCGCCAAUCACUGGCCGAGUUACCUCAAACUCCCUCAAAUGCGCAAGUCAUUUCAAAAUCAGAUGGAAAAGAAAAAUCCCAAUACGAAAUACUUGAACGGAUUUGCACGUACAAACUUAUUGAUGGGACCCAACUUACACAAUGUCCAGAGUGUCCGAUUUGUCUGUGUGAUUUCAUCGAAAUGGAGUUGGUACUUGUCUUGCCUUGCACCCAUCUGUUCCACGGAGAAUGUGUCGAAGUGUGGCUCAACAGAGGUGGUGCGGAUUGUCCACUCUGUCGAUGCACCUUCUUCGAAAACAGAAAGCAAUCAAUCCCUGUCAUUGGUGAAGACAGCAACUACAUAGGCGGUGUCUACAGACCUGAGGAGGGGUGAUAGAACGAAUGAUUAUGGCCCAGGACAUUUGAUGCAGUUACCUAUCGUUUUAUGCAAAUUUUUUAACUGGGCUUUCCUAAUUCGAACGGCACAUUCUUUGUAAUCUAUUUGCGUUUUCCAAAAAGAGAACAAUAUUUGAUGACACAAUCAGAACUGCGGCGAAAGUCUGUGUUGUACAAUGUUCUCAUGAUGGUGACUCCAAAAUGGUAGUAAAA